CAAGGCGGGGGGUACGGGCAGGGGUACCCCGCGCCACCUUCCUCGUCUUAUUUUGGGGGUGUGGAUUGCAGCUCCUACCUUGCACCCAUGCACUCCCACCAUCAUCCCCACCAGCUCAGCCCCAUGGGGCCCUCCUCGGUGCCUGGCCAUCACCACCACCACCCGCUGAGCCAGAGCUCAGGCCAUCACCACCAUCAUCACCAUCACCACCACCAUCAGGGUUACGGUGGCACCGGGCUGCCCUUCAACUCCUCCGACUGCCUGGACUACAAGGAGCCUGCCGCUGCUGCCGCUGCCUCCUGGAAGCUCAACUUCAACUCCCCCGACUGCCUCGACUACAAGGACCAGGCGUCCUGGCGCUUCCAGGUCUUGUGA